AUGAUAAAAGACACGGAAAGGGGUAAAUACAAAUAGAGUAAUGGGGAUGAAUAUGAUGGAGAUUGGAAAGAUGGUGGUAAUAAGCAUGGAAAGGGUGAAAUGAUGUAUGUUGAUAAAUCUUACUACAAUGGUGACUGGCUCAAUAAUUAAAGACAUGGUUAUGGUGAAUAUAAGUAAGCCAAAGGAAAAAUAUAGGAAUCUAGAUGGGCUUUUGAUUAAUAAAUAGAAUGAGUUAUCAAAUUAUAAAGUGGAGAAUGAAGGAGCCUAUCCUAAAUAACAAAAUGAGUGCUCAACGACAAACGACUGAUGAAAACAAGC